AUGAGUCCGAAAUAUGAGCAAGGAGAAUGGAGACCCUACUCUCCUUUCCAAGACACAAAAAACAUUGCUGAAUGGACUUUAGCAAGAAUGGAUGAUCUUAUGAAUUGGGGACGUAGUAGAUCAUUGUGGCCUAUGACUUUUGGAUUGGCUUGCUGUGCCGUGGAAAUGAUGCAGAUCGCCGCGCCUAGAUAUGACAUGGAUAGAUAUGGUAUUGUGUUUAGAGCGUCUCCACGUCAAACAGAUGUGAUUAUCGUUGCUGGCACGUUGACUAACAAGAUGGCGACUGCCUUUAGGAGAAUAUAUGAUCAAAUGCCUGAACCGAAAUGGGUUGUAUCAAUGGGUAGUUGCGCUAAUGGUGGAGGAUAUUAUCAUUACUCAUAUUCUGUUGUUCGAGGUUGUGAUAGAAUAGUUCCAGUGGAUAUCUAUGUACCUGGUUGUCCACCAACAGCUGAAGCGUUGAUGUAUGGAUUAUUGAUGCUACAACGGAAAGCUAAAAGAGUAAAUGCUGUUCAGAGUUGGUACAGAAAAAAUAUAAGCAGAGAAUUCCAGGAAGGAAAAUCUGUCGAAAAGACUAAAAAAAAUGAUGGAUAA